UCAAGUUGAUGAAUGUUGAGAUGUUGAUAGUUGCGUUCUAGAUGCUUCACGAUUUGCAGGUUUUUACAAAUACCGGCAAGAAGGGUGUGGCUUCAAUCAAGCCGCCAAUCAUUAAAUCAUUUGGUGGAGUAUUUUUGCUUGGUUCGCUAAUGAAGUUGAUUUGCGAUGUAUUAACUUUUGCACAACCUCAAGUGCUAAGUUUAAUUAUUGGCCUUGUCGAAGAUAACUCCGAAGACAAAGAGGACAGGCAACCCCAAUGGAAGGGCAUACUUUAUGCGGCACUUCUUUUUAUUACUGCUGGUGCACAAACUUUUAUGUUGGGACAGUAUUUUCAUAGCAUGUUCGUUGUUGGUCUACGUAUACGCACAGCGCUGAUCAAUGCAAUAUAUCGUAAAGCUUUACUUAUAUCGAAUGCAACACGUAAGGAAGCGACAGUAGGAGAAAUUGUAAAUUUGAUGGCGGUCGAUGCACAACGCUUUAUGGAUUUAACAACAUAUUUAUGAUUUGCUCAGCGCCAUUACAAAUUGCGCUAGCUAUGUACUUCUUGUGGCUACAAUUGGGACCCUCAGUGCUAGCUGGCUUAGCUGUGAUGAUCAUUUUGAUUCCAGUCAAUGGUGUUAUUGCAAAUCGCAUUAAAGUAUAUCAAAUAUGUAAUAGUUUGAAUUAUAUACCUAUGUAAUUAUUGUUUACUGUCAGCCGAGGUGGCCACUACCUUUCAUCGUGAAUAGCAAAUGUCAAUAAGUCACAAUAAUAAAACAAGAACA